GUAACCGGGCGGCGGGUAGGAGUGGCCUGGGACUAUAUUCAGGACCUUGGAAGCACUGCCAAUAUGUCUGAUGUUCAAGAAGCCACUAACCAGCUCCUGGAUGUGAACCUUCAUGAGAACCAGAGGUCUAUACAAGUGACAGAAAGUGGCCUCAGAAGUGAGUCUGAACAUCUUCAAGUCACUAUUGGAGCCACUGUCCCUACUGGUUUUGAGCAAACAGCUGCAGAUGAAGUGAGAGAGAAAUUGGGGUCACCGUGCAAAAUCAGCAAAGACCGGGGCAAGAUAUAUUUUGACAUUUCAGUGGAAAGUCUGGCUCAGGUUCACUGUCUGAGAUCAGUUGAUAACUUAUUUGUGGUUGUUCAGGAGUUUAAGGAUUACCAGUUCAAAGAAACAAAGGAAGAAGUUCUAAAGGAUUUUGAGGACUUGGCUGGGAAGCUUCCCUGGUCAGACCCUUUAAAAAUAUGGAAAAUUAACACAUGUUUCAAGAAAAAAAAAACAAAGCACAAAAAGAUAAAUCAGAAUUCAAGUAAAGAGAAGAUUGAAAGUGGACGAGGAGACAAAACAGAUGAGAGAGAUGUCAAAAAAGAGUUCACUAACAAUGUCUUAGAUUCACAGAUCUUAGACUAUUAUGAAAAUGCAGCCAUCAAAGAUGAGAUAUCAACAUUAGUAGGUGAUGAUUUGACAUCUUGCAAAGAUGAGACUGAGGAAAGCUCAAAAGAAGAAACUGAUCCUGAAAUGCUGAAGUUUAGAGUCACAUGCAACAGGGCAGGAGAGAAACAUUGCUUUUCCUCAAAUGAGGCGGCAAGAGAUUUUGGGGGUGCUGUUCAAGAUUAUUUUAAGUGGAAGGCUGACAUGACCAACUUUGAUGUGGAGGUUCUUUUGAAUAUCCAUGAUAAUGAAAUUGUUGUGGGCAUUGCAUUGACAGAAGAGAGUCUCCACCGAAGAAAUAUCACACAUUUUGGACCCACAACUCUUAGAUCUACUCUUGCCUAUGGGAUGCUCAGGCUCUGUGCUCCUCAGCCUACUGAUAUAAUAGUUGAUCCGAUGUGUGGAACAGGGGCAAUAUCAAUUGAGGGGGCUACAGAAUGGUCUAACUGUUAUCACAUUGCUGGUGAUAAUAAUCCAUUGGCUGUGAAUAGAGCAGCAAAUAACAUCUCAUCUUUAUUGACCAAGAGCCAAGUGAAAGAAGGCAAACUGUCCUGGGGCUUGCCCAUAGAUACUAUUCAGUGGGAUAUCUGCAACUUGCCACUAAGAACUGGCUCUGUGGACAUUAUUGUAACAGACAUGCCAUUUGGAAAAAGGAUGGGCUCCAAGAAGAGAAACUGGAACCUUUAUCCAGCUUGCCUACGGGAGAUGAGCCGUGUCUGUAGGCCAGGGACAGGCCAAGCUGUACUACUGACCCAGGACAAGAAAUGCUUUAUCAAGGCAUUAUCUGGAAUGGGACACCUAUGGCGGAAGGUACAUACCGUCUGGGUCAACAUAGGGGGUCUUCAUGCUGCAGUUUAUCUUCUGAAACGUACACCUCAAACUUUUGUUCAUCCUUCAGAACAAGAUGGAAAAAGAUCUCCUUGUACACAAAGGUGGUGAUGCUUUUCAAAGUCAAACAUAAACCUGUCAAAGUAUUUUUGUUGGCUUCUCUAAAGGACUAGAGAACAAACUGAUGUAUU